AUGAGAAAGCAUAUAACGUUACUUCAUUGUCUGCUUGUCUUUUCUGAAGAAGGGCAUGCUAAGCCACGAACAGCAGGUAGUCAUUCAGGACCGGAUGUAGUAGAUGGCCAGAAUGCCAAACCCGCGCAAUUCCCGUAUCAGAUUUCCAUGCAAAUAGUAAAUAAACACUUUUGCGGCGGAUCUAUUCUGAACGAAAAUUACAUUUUGACUGCAUCUCAUUGUACUAAAGAGUUUAACAGUACAGACCAACAUCUUAUAACCGUGGUAGCAGGUACUAUUAAUGUAAAUGAGUCAUUAGAAACUCGUCAUGUAGCAAAAAUUAUCCAGCACGAAGACUACCAACACGACAAUUCAGAUAAAAAUGACAUUUGUUUGCUGAAGCUCGAUCGUCCACUCAAAUUCAAUUCGAAAAUUAAACCAGUUACUCUAGCUGAGGCUCAUACUCCGAUUCCAACGGGCAGUCCCGUGCAACUUUCCGGUUGGGGCAGUCUAGGAGGGGAAGAUAAUAAAAAACCAACAAUAUUAUAAGACGUGACCAUUUAUGUAGCAGAUCAAGAUUACUGCGUAAAAAAGAUGAAAGAAAGUUAUCAAAGAAAAGUGCGUUCAAC